UCUAACCAUCACGUGCUUAUAUCUAAAAUUUGAUAGUGGACAAAAAUAGGUCGUCACACUCGAUAUGCAUAGUGUUUCUAUUGUACAGAAUAUAAAACCUAUCUUAUCGAGAGUGUUCAUUUAACCUUGGUGGUGAUAUCUAGUCAUACGAUACGUUAUGAAUGGUCAACGUGAAUGACGAAUAAAACCUGCUGCUGACCAACAGAGGGCUAAUGUUCUUUUAGGCGUGUUAGGGUUAACGCUGUAAUCUGGUCAUUCAUGUGGUCAGAUCCCAAACACCGGUACUUGGACACGGAAUGGACACCAGUAAACCUCUUACAAACGGGAGGGGAACUGACCACGUCCACAUCACACGGUUGCUAGGCGACACACGUGUCUCGGAAUGGCAGAGGGCGCUGCGGAAACUACUGAUGACGUAUAUCCAACAUGAUGUCAUGAAACAGGCUGUGACGUUCCUCUCCGACAACAUCCACUCCGCCAUAGAAGCGAUCCGCUCGCCGCAUUUGUUCCCAGGCUUUCCCUGCCUAUACGUCCACGUCGACAGGAAGCCGGUCGUCUUUGACAUUGACCUCUGGAAGACCAUCCUCAUCGCCAUCAACUUCGAGCUCACGGAACCGGAAGGCAACCGCCAUCUUGAUUUAAUCGAGGUCAAGGUCACUGAUAAAGUUACUUUACCAUCUCUCAUAGGGUUUCAUCAACUGCUGAAGAAUAUUUUAGAGCUGAGCUGGGACAUCCUCCGCCUGAUACUUUACCUGGAAGAGGAAGAAGCUUUUACGUUUCUGUGCACACUGCAGGAUGUGCUGCGAUCCCCAAGCCGGAUCAGCAACCCCACCCUUGUAGACGCACUGUACCAGAGACAGACUUCCGCCAUGGAGGCACUCGGCUUCUACCAGAGGAGGGGGGAGGGGCGUGGCUCCAGGAGGAUGGUGGUGUGGGAGAACACGGAGUCGGAGCAAGUUCUGUAUGCCGAGGUUGUGCUGUUCGGCCUCUUCCACCACGGGAAAGGCUUGGAGACUUAUAUAUGAGGAUGGAUGCGAGGCCGUUGAUGUACGGUUCCAGUGAAAGAAGGAGAGAGUGUUGGUCUCUAGUCAGUUACCUUGGUCACCGUAUAGCCGCCACUGAAGCAGGGACACAGAUUGUGAAUGUGUCGUUCUUACAAAGGGUAACCUGAUGACCAGUAUUAUGAGGCCAGACUAUUUCUAGAUUUACGGGGUUUUUUUGCGAAAAUUCCAGGUCGUAAAGUUUCAGAUUAAUUUAUUUUAUUUUUUUUAAAUUGUAUCUGAAAAUGUUGCUUUUGUUUGCAGUUUUCGACCAGUCGUCAAUUUUGCAGUUUGGCGUAUAGUAUGUGUUUUUGGUGAGAAACGGAACAAGAUCAUUUUCGGAAUAUACAAAAUAGUGCUUUUACAGUUUUUUUUUGUUUUUUUUUCACUUUCGUUUUCUAAAGUGUCGCCUUAUUUUUCUCUCUCAAAGAAUCCUGUGCAAAUGAGACUGAGUUUGGUAGUGUGGAUCACGGAAAGUCAACAUUGCGAGUUGUGUGUGCAAUAACUUCAGAUCAACGUUAUUGAUGGCAAUAUUUCAUAAACUAAUAAAAAAGCCUAUGUACAGUGCUUGUUCACAAUGGUCUAUGUACCCACCCAUAGUGCAGGAGGUUUUGUGCCUUACUCCCACUGCAUGUAUUGGUUCCGGGCUGUAAGGUAUUCCCAAGAUCCCAAUAAACAACGUUGUCUGACAUCAGACUGGUUCUCUGGGUAUGCUGCGCUGGCGCUACACUGAGCAUAUUGACACUUGCACGCGCAGCUAAGUCAGAUUUCUAUGUUCUCUUUGAGAUCAUCUUGUAUUUGUCCUUAUUUCAUUUCAUUGAAAACACAUAAUACCCUGCUUCGAUAACUUGGGUAUAUUAGCAUACAUCGCAUGUCUGUAAUUCACUUUAAACAGAUGUUUUUUGUCAAUGUCUUAACAUGUGUAAUGUUUUCGGGUGACUGUUACAUUUCGAGAAUAAAGUCCUUGAUAACUUCA